GGGCAAAUUGGGGUGUUGAAGGUUAUGGGCGGUGCGGCGGGGAUGGGGGCGUCGUUGGACGAAGUAUACGAACUUGGCGUAGCGUUCUCAAAGCAGAUCGUGUCGAUCGCUGCGACACUGGAUCAUUGCCAUGUCCCCGGAAGGACAGAACACGGUAUACUCGGCAGCGAUGAAGUCGAAUUGGGGACAGGACCUCAUAAUGAGCCUGGGUACAACAAAAUCUCCCCUGUCCCGUCACCAGAAGACCUCAUCAAGCAGAUCUUGACCAACUGCUUGGACGAGAACGACCCAGAGCGAGGAUACGUCCACUUCCACCCUGGCGACGAGACCAUUCUCCUCGUCAGCAACUUUGGCGGUAUGUCCUGCCUCGAAAUGGGCGCGCUCGUCGACGAGCUCCUCAAUCAGCUCGCCCGCGACUGGGAUAUUGAGCCUGUGCGCGUGUGUGCCGGGCCCCUGGAGACGUCGCUUAACGCGCCUGCUUUUUCAGUGUCCAUCAUCAACGUCACCAAUGCCGCGAAGAAAUGUACCUAUUCCGUUGAGGAGAUUAAGGCAUUCUUUGACGCGAGGACCAACACAUGCUGGGAGUCGGUGGCAGGAGCGCAGACCCAGAGGAGGAAGAGGGAGGAGCAGUUCGUGCUGCCGCCUGUGGAGGAGAGGAAGAUGGUGGAUGAGUCUAAGGAUUUGAAGGUUGACCCGGAGAGAUUAGAGAAGAUGUUGCGUGGGGCUUGUGAGGCGCUGGUGGCUGCAGAACUGGAUUUGACAAGGUGGGAUACCGUUAUGGGAGACGGGGAUUGUGGCGAGACGCUGAAGACGGGGGCGACCUCGCUGAUGGCUGCUCUUGAUAACGACAAGCUAGCUGCUGAGGGGUCCGUGGGAGCAGUAUUGCUUGAGUUGGAGGAUAUCGUUGAGAGCAAGAUUGGCGGUACCUUGGGUGGUAUCCUGGGCAUCUUCUUCGUGUCCCUGCGUACGGCCGUGGAGCAGAACAUGGACCUUGCUAGUUCCGAGGGUGUGCCUGAGCUCUGGGCUAAGGCGCUCAAGAUUGCGUUGGAUAACUUGGGGCGGUAUACCCCGGCCAAGGUGGGCGAUCGCACAGUUAUGGAUACCUUGAUUCCCUUUGCAGAAGCCUUGAAGUCGGGGAAUUUUGAUGAUGGGAUUAAGGCGGCUGUUAAGGGGGCCAAGGCUACGAAGGCCAUGACGCCAAGGCUAGGGCGGGCGACCUAUGUCGGUGCAGAUGCAAGCAAGGAGAUGCCGCCGGACCCAGGUGCUUGGGGGGCCAUGGUGGCUAUUCAGGGGUUGAGGUCGGGAAUGUAAGGUGCGGC